AUGGCGAGCUAUUUCCCUCCCAAUGGAGUAAUCUCCAGCCAUGGCUCUACUCGAGCAUCAUCGCCAGCUUCCUCCCCGCUUUCACCCCCCGUACAUCAGCGAUCCAAUGCCUUGUCCAACCGACUGACAAGUGUACUUUCGGCCUCCUAUGCGGACUCGGACAUUCGCGAUGCGCUGGAGACACUCAGCCUCAGGGGGAUACACAAUACGGCAGAAGUUCGGAGACAACUACGCUUGGACGUUCAGAAGGAGGUCGUCGACAGCAAUGCCGAGAUUGUGCGGGAUUUCGGUCUGGUUGCGGAGCAAUUGAAACGGAUAGGAACUGUGAUUACCAACCUGAAUCAGACUUGCGAUGAGAUGCGCAAACAUAUUGUCUCUGCCAGACAGGAAACAGCACCAGUGCUCGAGGAAGCGUCGGCCUUGAUGAAACAGAAGAAAGAGGCAGAGACCAAACAGGAGCUGCUGGAAGCUUUCACCCAACAUUUCAUCGUCCCGGAUGAGGAUCUGCUGAUCCUGACACAUGCCGAGGAGCCUAUUGAUGACCAUUUCUUCGAAGUCCUCGCCAGAGUCAAGCAAGUCUACCGGGACUGCGAAGCACUCCUCGGGGGUGAGAACGAGCGACUGGGUCUGGAACUCAUGGAGAAGAGCUCUAGAAACCUCAAUUCCGCCUACCAGAAACUCUACAGGUGGAUACAGAAGGAGUUCAGAUCCCUCAACCUUGAAGAUCCUCGCAUCAGCAGCUCUAUCAGACGUGUUCUGCGAGUGCUGGCGGAGCGGCCAAGCUUAUUCCACAGCUGCCUGGAUUUCUUCGCAGAGGCGCGAGACUACGUGCUCUCUGAUGCCUUCCACUAUGCCCUUACCGAUGCCGUCUCUGGCACGACGGGUGACACCAACGUGAAGCCAAUCGAGUUCUCCACCCACGACCCCUUGCGGUACAUCGGAGACAUGCUGGCCUGGGUGCAUUCCACCACCGUCUCCGAACGAGAGGCACUCGAGGCCCUCUUCGUCGCCGACGGCGAAGAGCUCGCCAAAGGCAUCCAAGCUGGGCUAAGCAGCGAACCCUGGUCCCGUAUCGACGAGGACAAAGAAGUAUCUUUCGACGGCCAAAAGGCUCUCAGCGACCUAGUCAACCGAGACCUUAUUGGCGUCUCCCGGGCCCUGCGCCAGCGCGUCGAGCUAGUCAUCCAAGGCCACGACGACCCCGUCACCUGCUACAAGGUAGUCAAUCUACUAUCCUUCUACCAAACGACCUUCAGAAAACUCCUCGGCCCGCAAUCCAACCUGGCCGAGCUCCUUGAAACCCUCGAAAAGUUCACCUUCAACCACUUCGAAACCCUUAUGCACGACGAAGUCAACAACAUCUCAACAGACCCCUCGGCGCUCACACCCCCGGCGGACCUCUCCGCACCCCAAUUCCUCCAAGACGCCCUAGAAGUCCUCACCUCCCUAAUGAAAACCCACGAGGCCUCCUAUGGCGCCGACCCCAUCCCCACCCCCGGCCCCAAGCCCACCUCACCAGCACCCCAGGACACCAGCACCAGCACCAGCACCGAAAACAAAUUCACCCCUGUCCUCCACUCCGCCCUGGAACCCUUCCUCGACCUCGCCAAAUCCUCCGCUGCCGAUCUCCCCUCCCACACCACCCAAACCAUCUACCUAACCAACAUCCACCUCACCGUCCGCACAACCAUAUCCCCCUACCCCUUCGCCAGCACCACCCACCUCUCCCCAAUCCAAACUGCCCUCUCAACCCUCCGCACAGACCUCCUCGAAAUCCAACACCGCUACCUCCUCACCUCCUCAGGUCUCCAGACCCUCCUCACAGCCCUGGAGCCCUUCUCCCCUCAACAACCACCCUCAGACCAACAGAAGUCAUUGAAACCAAACAUCUCAGAUAUCCUCACCCUCCCAGCCUUCCAGCCGCAGGCGCUUGUGAAUAUCAGUCAGCAAUUGGAUGACUUCCUUCCGUCUGCGUUGAUGGAUGCCACGGAGAACUUGAAGCGCGUGGCGAGCGCGACGUUCGUGAAGAGCGUUACGGAGGAUGCGGUCGAGGCGUUCUGUAGGGACUUUGAGUUUGUUGAGGGGAUGGUGAUUGCGGCGGAUAAUGAGGCGCGUGGAGGUGUGGUAGAUGGGGAUGAGGGUGAGGAGGAGGAGGAGAGAGAGGAGGAGAAGGGGGGAUUGAGGAAGUUGUUCCCUAGGACGACUGGGGAGAUUAGGGUGUUGUUGAGUUGA